UAUACUUCUCGGUGCUACAGUUACCUCACAUAUCUUUGUCUAAUUUCGCAUCAUACAUUUUUACCGACUGGCCCCCAACAUUGGAAUGUGGAGUGCGCUCCGAACACCACCGGCGCAGUGCCUUCGAGCUCCCGGUCGAGCUCUCGCCAGCUCACUUCGCGGCCGACCCAACCCCCGAGGCCCCCGAAACUCCAUACGCAGGCCAGAGCCCAUCAGAAGAGACGUCCCAGCGUCGCGAGCGCCUGAACCCAGCAAUACAGAGACAUCCCCCGAAAAUCCCACGCCUCAAUAUGACCCCUCCCAGAACACCCUACUCGCCCCAGUUCACAUCCCCGAAGACCCUCAUGGCGUGAUAAAAGAGACGCACCCGGCGACGGGUAUCCUCGCCAACUCAGGUCUGGUGGUGCAGCGGCAGUUGGAGCUCAUGAAUGUGAUGAUUGGAUUCGAACAAGCCAACAAAUACGUCAUUAUGGAUGCCAACGGCAACCAUAUUGGCUAUAUGGCGGAGCAGGAGAAAGGCAUGGUGAACAUGAUGGCGCGACAAUCGUUCCGAACGCAUCGAAGCUUCGUGACGCAUGUGUUUGACAAGCAUGAGAAUGAAGUGCUUCGGUUCCACCGUCCGUUCUCGUGGAUCAACUCCCGUAUCCGCGUAUAUGAUCCUCUCGACCUGGCAAAGGGUGCCUAUUCCUCGUCCACUGCACUACAGGCAACCUCAGCCGGAUCUCUGGUCCAGCCUACAGGGGACUCGAAUGCUCGGGUUUCAUCCUUGGGCUUGGAUGAAAUGCGGGUUAUCGGAGAGGCUCAGCAACAAUGGGCUCCACUACGGCGGAAAUACAACCUCUUCACGUAUCACCACUCGCCAAAUCCAGCGACAGAGAUGAAAACAGAGAAGCUACCGCUUAACCAGAUGGAUUUGUCUAAUAAGCAGCAAAUGCAGCUGGUCCAAUCAUCUCAGAGUGGCCAAGAAACGGGCGAAUAUCACCAAUUCGCCUACGUGGACGAGCCUUUCUUGUCGUGGGAUUUUGGUCUACGCUCGGCUGACAAACAGCUGAUCGGCUCUGUGAAUCGCAACUUUGCCGGGUUUGCCCGAGAAAUCUUCACGGAUACGGGUGUCUAUGCUCUGCGAAUGGACUCUGCUUCUCCCAGCGAGGAGUUCCUCGACAAGAACCGUGCGGCUACUGGGAUGACAUUCGACCAGCGUGCCGUGAUGCUGGCAACCGCUGUGAGCAUUGACUUUGACUACUUUAGUCGCCAUAGCAACUCGGGUGGAUUUGGUUUCAUGCCUCUCUGGAUCCCUGGAUUUGGUGGUGAGGCAGCUGCUGGGGGUGCUGCCGGGGGCGCAGCAGCCGGUGAAGCAGGUGCCGUGGGGGAAGCGGCCGCGGGAACUCUUGGUCGGGCUGGGGCAGCCGGUGGAAUGGCUGAUGGCGCUGCAGCAGGUGCAGCAGGUGCGGGCGCAAUGGCUGGCUACGAAGCCAUGUCCCGUGGGAUGGGAGGCAGCCAGCCUGCUCCCGAUCAGCAAGCGGCACCUGUAGACCAACAGCCACCGACGCCAGGUCAAACGGGUCCGUAUGGUGAUGUCUGGGGGGAAGAGCCCGAGAACCCAUGGGGAAAGGAGCCUGAGAAUACAUGGGGCCAGGAAGAGGACCCGUGGGCAGAUGAAGCCGACGAGGGCGAGGGAGGCGAUGAUUUCGAUUGGUUCUAAGCGGCUGAUAACUACAAACAGGCAGUACGAUCAGGAUGGUUGACAUUGUGAGAUGGUCAGACAUAUACUAUCCCCCCAUUCAUGCAGGGAUAACGACGACAGAGCUCAUGUAACCGGGAGCACUGAGAAUCACCGUAACGGCUUUAAUGACAUGGCCUGCGGCAUACUCGACAUGAUCUGACCGAGUAGACACUGAUGUCAUUCAUACUCGGCCCUGCUUGAAGUGCAAAUCGGUUUAUGCAGCUGACUGACGAUGAUUAGCCCGAUGUACCAUAAUGACAGUGAAAUCUCCAAAUAAUUGUAUAAUAUCACGCGAAAAGGAAACAAUGCUAGCCAGAAAUGAACUCAAG